GACUGGACAGUUACAGCGGCAGCCAUCGCCAGACAAGUGCAGCUUCGGAGAGGUCGGGUCGCUGGACAAUACAUAUCUGGUGAAUUCUUGAAUUGUGUAUGUUUACAUUGUUCGGGAGCUCUCGCCUCUUUUCCCAGAAGCUCGCUCGUUCAGACAUCUAUCGUCGUUCUUCUCGUUCUUCAUUCGAAAGUGUUGCGAGGUUUCAGCUCCUGUCUUCUGAAGCAGGGUGUUCAUAAUUAUCUCGACGUGUAUUGGCGGGUGAUUGGAGAGGCUAACGUCGAAUUCCAUCGAGGGAAAGGGAUUGUUCUUUUAAAUCAGGCCCUUCACAAAGGCUGGAGUGUGUUGAUUUAUCAGGCCGACUGGUGGUGGAGGAGCUUCAUUCGACCUUAGUUUACUGCUGAAAGAAGGAAGGAAGGAUGGAAGAAGGAUCUCCAUCACACCCUUCAGACGCCGAAGGUACAAACGCCUAUCGCGUAGUAGACGCCAAUGCCUAUCGCGUAUUAGACGCCAUUGCGUUCGUACAGAUUGUAAAGAAGACUUUCAAAAACGAGGAGGGAACAUACGAGGAGUUCCUGAACAUCCUGCAAAGCUUCAGGCAAGGACAGCUGAAUACGUCCGAGGUUGAGAUCCGAGUAAACUCUCUUUUCAGUCGUUACCCUCACCUGAUUCAAGGCUUCAGAAAAUUUCUUCCAGACAAGUGUUUGAUCAGUGUGGUAGCACCGGCAGCAUGACUUUAGAGCAUCCAGGUGUUGUGGAUCCUCUAUUGAUGAAGAAAGUGAAGUGUUGUUUUUCUUAUCAGACUUGGUAGGUAGCAUGUUUUCGAUUUCUUCACUAACUAUCAGUUUCAUUGCCCUACUUUACAUUUCAUGAAGCUUAGAGGUUCUUAACUUUUACGAGAAUGUUUGCCCAUGUAUCAAUCUUCCACCUGGUCUAGUUUACAGUAGACGGGCUAUUUUUCUUCAAGAAUUCUUUCAAAGGAAGAAAGUUUGUGAAAGAAACAAUGAUAAGGUCGC